CAAACAGGUAACAGCUCUUUUUAAAUUUUUGCUUUUAGGCAAUUGCAUUUUAAAUCAUUAUGUUUGCAUUAGGCACGCAAGCAGCCCAGAAGAUUAGUUUGUGCUCCCAAAAAUGAGACUUAAAGGUCGUGUGUAUGUUCUCACAACAGUGCUGAUCAUCUUAAUAUGGUAUUUCUCCAUCAACUGGUCUAAACUCCAAGAAGCUGCCAAAUGGUCACGUAAUGCAGAUGAUGAAGUUAGUGAUUUUGUGACAGACUGUGACAAUCCAGGUCUAUUUAAGUCUCAUUUUGGUUGCUGUCCAUAUAAACACUGCCCUGUCAACCACUUUCCCUUUCAUCUUCAUAGCGGUGCAGCCAAUAUGGUGGCUGCAAAGAUCUGCUUUAAUAAUACAAUCAUCAUGGGCGGCAUCAACAAUAAUGCAGGACAAGGGCUCAACAUUGUGUUAGCAAAUGGUGAAACUGGUGCGAUUUUAAGAAAUAAGUACUUCAAUCUGGAGUCUAAAGGUCCCAAAGAAUUACUUGCCUAUCUAAAGACGCUAAAGCCAGGAAUUAUAGUCCUUCUGGCCUCAUACAUCGACCCUACACCAAAGCUGACUGAUGAGAUUAGAAACAUAUUUACUGCGCUGGGCAGCACAAUGGUCAAAUCCCUCAAGCCCAGGGAUAGCUGGGUAUUCGCAGGCGCCUAUGGAAGAAAGGAAGCUAGUCCUUUUGAAAAGUUAAUUCGGUAUGAUAUGAGGAGCAAUGCGUAUGAAGACUGGCCAGAGAUGGCGGAGGUCAUUGGCUGCUUUCCCAGAAUAUCAGAGACUGAAUAAGCCACAUUAGCCAACCUCAUAUCACCACAUUUGGGACAUUUGAAAAUAG